GGCUGGCGCUCCCGGCUGCUGGUCUCCCCGCACGGGUCGCGCGGUAUCGCGAGAGUUGGGAGUAAACAGCCCCGAAUGGAGACCCGAGGCGUGCUGUUGGCGGAGGCUCGGUUAUCCCGGGCCCACUGGACCGGUGCUUGAGGCAGCCGCAGAUUGGCUUAUAGAGCGAUCGAUCGCCUCCGUUGGACCUUGGUUCCGUGGUACAAAUGGAGUAUAGGACUCAGUAGUGUCGGCCAGAGUGAGAGGAGCGUGAUACCCAAAAUGGAGAAGAAGCGAAGAAAGAAAUGAAAACCUCUCUUCAGGCCAGACCACAAAAGGCCAUGAAAUUUCACUUUUAUUUACGUUGGACAAGACUGCAAGAUGGCUGAUCAGUAAUGUUUCAGCUUUUAGCUGGAACAAAAAUUAACUUAUAAUCAAGGAAGCAAACAGUGCGAUUUGAAUUUAUGUGAUUUUCUAAUCAUAUCCACUCAUGACCAUGAAGCUUGUCAACAUCUGGCUGCUUCUGCUCGUGGUUUUGCUCUGUGGGAAGAAACAUCUGGGUGACAGACUGGAAAAGAAACCUUUUGAGAAGGCCCCGUGCCCUGGCUGUUCCCACCUGACUCUGAAGGUGGAAUUCUCUUCGACAGUCGUGGAAUAUGAAUAUAUCGUGGCUUUCAAUGGAUACUUUACAGCCAAAGCUCGAAAUUCAUUUAUUUCAAGUGCCCUAAAGAGCAGUGAAAUAGACAACUGGAGAAUUAUACCACGCAACAACCCAUCCAGUGACUACCCUAGUGAUUUUGAGGUGAUUCAGAUAAAAGAAAAGCAGAAAGCGGGGCUGCUGACACUUGAAGAUCACCCAAACAUCAAACGCGUCACACCCCAGCGGAAAGUCUUUCGUUCCCUCAAGUACGCAGAGUCUGACCCCCUUGUGCCCUGCAAUGACACCAGGUGGAGCCAGAAAUGGCAAUCAUCCCGCCCCCUUCGAAGGGCAAGUCUCUCCUUGGGCUCUGGAUUCUGGCACGCUACUGGAAGACACUCGAGCAGACGGCUGCUGAGAGCCAUUCCUCGGCAAGUUGCCCAAACCCUGCAGGCCGAUGUGCUUUGGCAGAUGGGAUACACAGGUGCUAAUGUAAGAGUGGCUGUCUUUGACACUGGGCUGAGUGAGAAGCACCCCCACUUCAAGAAUGUGAAGGAGAGGACCAACUGGACCAAUGAGCGGACGCUGGACGAUGGGUUGGGCCACGGCACAUUUGUGGCGGGUGUGAUAGCCAGUAUGAGGGAAUGCCAGGGAUUUGCUCCUGAUGCAGAACUUCAUAUAUUCAGGGUCUUUACCAAUAACCAGGUGUCUUAUACAUCAUGGUUCUUGGAUGCCUUCAACUAUGCCAUCUUGAAGAAGAUCGAUGUGUUAAACCUUAGCAUUGGCGGCCCCGACUUCAUGGACCACCCCUUUGUUGACAAGGUGUGGGAGUUAACAGCGAACAACGUAAUCAUGGUUUCUGCUAUUGGCAAUGACGGGCCUCUUUAUGGCACUCUGAAUAACCCUGCUGACCAGAUGGAUGUGAUUGGAGUAGGUGGCAUUGACUUCGAGGAUAACAUUGCCCGCUUUUCUUCUAGGGGAAUGACUACCUGGGAACUGCCAGGAGGUUAUGGUCGUGUGAAGCCUGAUAUUGUCACCUAUGGUGCUGGAGUGCGGGGUUCCGGUGUGAAAGGGGGGUGCCGGGCCCUCUCGGGGACCAGCGUUGCUUCUCCAGUGGUAGCAGGGGCUGUCACCUUGCUCGUCAGUACGGUCCAGAAACGUGAGCUGGUAAAUCCGGCCAGCAUGAAGCAGGCCCUGAUUGCGUCCGCCCGGAGGCUUCCUGGUGUCAAUAUGUUUGAGCAAGGCCAUGGCAAACUUGAUCUACUGAGAGCCUACCAGAUCCUCAACAGCUACAAACCCCAGGCCAGUUUGAGCCCAAGCUACAUAGAUCUGACCGAGUGUCCCUACAUGUGGCCCUACUGCUCCCAGCCCAUCUACUACGGAGGGAUGCCGACAAUCGUGAACGUCACCAUCCUCAAUGGCAUGGGAGUCACGGGAAGAAUUGUCGAUAAGCCUGACUGGCAGCCCUAUUUACCACAGAACGGAGACAACAUCGAAGUCGCUUUUUCCUUCUCCUCGGUAUUGUGGCCUUGGUCAGGCUACCUGGCCAUUUCCAUCUCUGUCACCAAGAAAGCGGCUUCUUGGGAAGGCAUCGCCCAGGGCCACGUCAUGAUCACCGUGUCCUCCCCAGCGGAGACGGAAUCAAAAAAUGGCGCAGAACAGACUUCCACGGUGAAGCUCCCCAUUAAGGUGAAGAUCAUUCCUACUCCUCCUCGAAGCAAGCGGGUUCUCUGGGAUCAGUACCACAACCUCCGCUACCCACCUGGCUAUUUCCCCAGGGAUAAUUUGAGAAUGAAGAACGAUCCUCUAGACUGGAAUGGCGACCACAUCCACACUAACUUCAGGGACAUGUACCAACACUUGAGAAGCAUGGGCUACUUUGUUGAAGUCCUUGGCUCUCCCUUCACGUGCUUCGAUGCUAAUCAGUAUGGAACGUUACUGAUGGUGGACAAUGAGGAGGAGUACUUCCCCGAAGAGAUUGCCAAGCUGAGGAGGGACGUGGACAAUGGCCUUUCGCUCAUCGUCUUCAGUGAUUGGUACAACACUUCCGUUAUGAGAAAAGUGAAGUUCUAUGAUGAAAACACAAGACAGUGGUGGAUGCCGGACACAGGAGGCGCCAACGUCCCAGCUCUCAAUGAGCUGCUGUCCGUCUGGAAUAUGGCGUUCAGCGACGGCCUGUAUGAAGGGGACUUUACCUUGGCAAACCAUGACAUGUAUUACGCAUCAGGGUGCAGCAUCGCGAAGUUUCCAGAAGAGGGCAUAGUGAUCACACAGACCUUUAAGGACCAAGGAUUGGAGGUUUUAAAGCAGGAAACAGCAGUUAUUGAGAAUGUCCCCAUCUUGGGCCUUUAUCAGAUUCCAGCUGAGGGUGGAGGCCGAAUUGUGCUGUACGGAGACUCCAACUGCCUGGAUGACAGUCACCGGCAGAAGGAUUGCUUUUGGCUUCUGGAUGCUCUCCUUCAGUACACGUCAUACGGGGUGACCCCUCCCAGCCUCAGUCAUUCUGGAAACCGGCAGCGCCCGCCAAGUGGAACAGGCUCCGUGACCCCAGAGAGGAUGGAAGGAAACCACCUACACCGCUACUCAAAGGUCCUCGAGGCCCACCUGGGAGACCCGAAGCCCCGGACACUGCCUGCCUGCCCACACCUGUCUUGGGCCAAGCCACAGCCCUUAAAUGAGACGGCUCCUAGUAACCUUUGGAAACAUCAAAAGCUACUCUCCAUCGACCUGGACAAAGUGGCGUUGCCCAACUUUAGAUCAAACCGUCCUCAAGUACGACCCUUGUCUCCUGGGGAAAGUGGUGCCUGGGACAUUCCUGGAGGGAUCAUGCCUGGCCGCUACAAUCAGGAGGUGGGCCAGACCAUUCCCGUCUUUGCCUUCCUGGGAGCCAUGGUGGUCCUGGCCUUCUUUGUGGUACAAAUUAACAAGGCCAAGAGCAGGCCCAAGCGGAGGAAGCCCAGGGUGAAGCGCCCCCAGCUCAUGCAGCAGGUGCACCCCCCAAAGACCCCAUCUGUGUGAGUGCCAGGAGAGCCAGGGCGCCUUCUUGACGGCUCAACGGGCAGCGGAGCUGGAGAAGGCUUUGCACGGGGCCCCCUGGUCAGAGGGACCCAAAGUCCAGUGCGGGUGUGUUGGAGUUCCUUCUAGAUGGCCUCCCCCUCUCAAGCGACUAGGGCUUGAGGUACAUCUCCAGAUGUCUUGGGGCCCGGCCCUGCCAGGAGGGACUCAGCAGUCAGCCUCAAGGGGGACAUCACACAGCAGCACCAAAGACUCGGAGAGCUUCACAGGCGGCCUGGGGUCUUCUGACCUGAGAGGAAGAUGUACUUAAACACUCGAACCAGCCCAGACCAAGUAAAACAUGCUUGUUGACAGUUGUUUUCUAUAUUUAUUGUUGGAAAAGUCACUUUAAGGACUCGUGGUAUAUGGAAGCAAAGCUAUUUUUUUUUUUUUGGUCAACGGAAUGCAGUUUUUUUACGAUUACGACAUCAUGAGGAUUAACACAGAUUCCAUUAUCUCCUUUUUGAUGAAAAGGACAGACUAAGAUUUGAAGAAAACUAGCACAAAUCUGUGAAACAUAGACCUUCGCUUUAUUUUUAUAAGUAUCAAUUGCCAUCAUGUUUUGUAAUUUGGGGUCUUGAUUUCACCAUUGUUGGUGAAGAAAAUUUUCAAUAAAUAAUGCAUUAUCUAUAUGAAGCU